ACGCAUGAAAGGGACGCCGACGACAGAAGGUCGGAAGGCACUCCAUUCGAGGAGCGAUUUCGGAUGCUCUGGGUGCGCAUUCCGAUUGCCGUUGACUGUCACGAUCAUGAAAGAAUGUGUCCGAGAGUACGGUAGUCUCUCCUGUGUAUGCUCUCGAGCGCGGUGACUGAAAUUGGUGUGGAGUUUUUGAUGGAGUCGCUCUUUUAUGGACACCACGCGCAGGGAAGUGAAAGCGGCGGAGAGUCCAACCGAUGAUGACGACUUGACCUUUUUGAGAAAAGUUCCAGCAGUUCGCUCGAGUAAUGGAGCAACCUCUGCCCCGAGACCGGAAUUGGGUGACACUCGGAACGCUAUUUCUCCUUGGAGUCGCCUCGCUCACACCAUGGAACUUCUUCACCACAGCAAACGAUUAUUGGAUGUUCAAAUUGAGGAAUACCAGCGUACCCUUCGCGCCGGACCAGGAACGCAACGAGGCUCAAUUAUUCUUCGCCGCUUAUCUCUCCAUCACGUCCAAUGUCGUUUUCGUCGCAUUCUUGGGCUUGAACGCUCUCAUCAGUAAACGAGUUUCCAGCCACACGAGGAUCGUAUAUCCGCUCUCAAUAACCGCAGCUCUGUUCGUGGCCACGACGACUCUCGUGGAAGUGAACACUGAUGACUGGCAAAUACCGUUCCUCAUCUUGACGCUGGCCACGGUGGCUCUCUUAAAUGUUUUGGUCGGUUUCAUCAUGGGCGCCUCGGUCGGCGUCUGCGGAUACCUCCCUCCCCGAUAUAUGGAGAGCUGCUCCCUGGGGCAAGCCGUGGGCGGAUUGGUCUGCUGCGGAAUCCAAAUUUUUUGCAUACUCUUGAACUUUGGUUAUCAGGACGCUGCCUUCAUCUACUUCGCCGCAGCGACGCUCAUGCUGCUGCUGACCGUGGGAGCAUACUUCGCCAUGCGAAGAUCGGAUUUUUUCGAGCACUACAGGAAGCUCGCUGACAACAACGACUCAUUCUCAUUCAGAGAACAGAGCGUUCCGUUCUGGGAUAUUUUCCGACGGGGCUGGCAAUUUCACACCUGCAGUUUCACUGUGUUCGUCGUGAACAUCUCGGUCUUCCCCGCCAUCACUGCCAAUGCCGUCUCUACGCGAGCCUCCUCUGGGGGUAGACUUGCGGUCGAGCUCUUCAUUCCACUAGCGUGCUUCACCGUGUACAACGUCGCUGACUGCAUCGGCCGCUUGCUCUUCAACCGAUUCCAAAUCAGCCCGUCCCGCAAGAAUCUGCUGCUCUGGCUGUGCGCUCUCCGGUUUCUCCUGGUACCUCUUCUGCUCUUUUGUAAUAUAGCUCCAAAAAAUCGAGUUCUCACUCCAGUACUUCUGGGAAGCGACACAGCUUUCAUCGUCCUGAUGAGCGUUCUGGGAGCUUCCAGUGGAUACCUCAUUAACGCAGCCUUCGUUUUCGCCCCCAAGACCGUCGACGUUGAGCUGCAGGAAGUCUCAGCCGGAAUGGUGUCCUGGUUCUCAGGUGCAGGGAGCACCGUCGGCAGUCUCCUGUCGUACGGACUGGUUCGUCUACUCUAAAGCACCGCGAUCCAUCCGAGGAAAUCAGAGGAUACAAGAAAGCUGUCGAAAUGCUUAUCCGAGUCAGUCUGCUGAGCACUCAGCCUUCGGAGACCUUCCGAGCGAUCUCUA